AUGUAAACUAAGCCCAUGAUUAAACACAUUCGCUAGUUAUUUACUAUUUGAUACGCGUACCAAGUGCUCGGUGUAAACUAGGCUUAUGAAUUUUGUCCUAGAGACUAGAAUAAGGGUAGUAAACAAGACCGAAAAGGUAAAAGUAAAAAGAUAUGAUAUCUAAUCAAACACUCAUGAAAAUAGCGAGUUUAGGUGGAUUUAUAACAGCAAGUACAGGAUAUGCCUUUUAUUAUCGUAUACAAUAUGAUAUUAAAAAAAGUGAGACUUAUAAGGAUGUUAUGAAUACUUUACAAACACAUAAGAAAGCUGUGCCAUAUCUUGGAGAACCUAUAACAUUAGGUCGCAUUAUUUAUGGUGAUGGACAUAGGACCCUUAAACAUAAAGAGAUGAAAGUUAUGCAAAAUUACAAAUGGUUUGAGGUUCCACUUACAGGCACCAAUACUAAAGCAAAGUUAUACUAUGAAGUAACACUGAGUCAUAAUCUUAAAAAUAAACCUGAGGUAUCUAAAAUUGAAAUUACCUUUGACAAUAUACCUGGAAAGACAUUUGUAAUAAGACAAUGUGAAAUACAUUAAAUUAUUUGUAAAUAUAUAUUAAAUUAUAAAUACAUAAAAAGAAAAUAUUUUGUAUUUAUGCAGAAAUAUAAAUCAAGAGAUAAUUAUUUAAUUAUACAAAAUACCUAAUUAGUAAAAUGUUAACAGAAUGUCAAUAGAUUGAUUUGAUCAGAAAAUGCUAGUGGACUGCUUAUCUACGUUCUAACUUUCUGUUGAUAGAACUUGUUGACAAAUUCUUGUUUUAUAAAUAUUUUAAUUGUAAUAUUGUUAUUAAAAAAUCCUUAAAAUUAA